AUGCAGCGUGAAGGAGUCAGGAGGUGUGCCCUCCUUCGCCGGGGAGAUAGACGUGGCGAGUGUAUCGGUGCCGAGCUGGGUGAGCGGUGUUGCGAGCGCAGGCGCGCCGCCGCCGCUGCUGCCGACGCGGUGCAAGAGAAGCAGAGCUGCCAGCUUCCCGCCGUGGGGUCCCACCCCCCCACAUCGGACGGCUCGGAGGGUGGGGCCAGCUUGGGAGUGCAUGGCGUCGAUGCGGAAGGAGCGGCCGAGCAGCAGCAGCAGCAGCAGCAGCAGCAGCAGCAGCAGCAGCAGCAGCAGCAGCAGCAGCAGCAGCAGCAACCGGAGGCGGAGCUCAGCGCUGCUUGCCGCCGCUCGCCUGGCUGGUGGCGGGCUCGCGCGGCCAGCGCCCGCUCCUGGCUGGAGGCCGUCGACGCAGAGCGGCCUGCAGGGGAUCACUGCCCUGCCGCCGCGGACGCCGCCGCCGUGGUCGCCGACGCGGACGCGCUGCAGGCCCACGGCGCGGGGGGUUGUGAUCCGAGCGGGAAGGUCCACGUCGUCAGCCAGGGCGACGUAGAUUUUGUCGAGGGGGUGGAGGAGCAGCUGAGGCUCUGUGGCCAACAGCGCCCUGGCCGAGCGAUCCGUCCCUUCGUGCGGCGCCGCGCUCGGGUGGACGCUGCGAGCUCGUUCAAUCUCUGGGCCGCCUAUCCCGCUGGAGUAUCGCCUGGUGCUCUGGAGUUGGAGUCAGACUCCAGCGUGGACGAGGCGGCCGACGGCGUGCGCAACAAAAAGGGCCAGCUGCUGACGAGGGACGAGGCCUGGGAAGAGUACCUGGCCAUGGAGGCGGAAGGAUCGCGUCUUCCUGCAUGGCGUCGUCCGGGGUUCCACCAAUUGGAGGCCUUCCUUGGGCUCGCCGAGGACUGA